AUGGGUCUGGGCAGCCUCUACGCGCUCUUGCUGCCGUCGGUGCACGCGGCGGCGAGUUUCGCUGUGAACGUGGCAAGCGAGCACGUCUGGGCGACGGCGCCCCACGGCCUCGCCUCGGUCACCAUGGACUUCCACCCGGGAGUCCAGGGCCCGACCGCGUCAAUACUGGAGAUCGACCUCGAUAACCCAGCCCUGCGGAGCGCCGCGCGCUCGCUCAGCCCGGCGAUCCUGCGUCUCGGCGGCAGCGAGGCCGGCGAGCAGCUCGUGUACGCGGGGUUCCCCGGGGGCCCGGCGUGCCCGCCCGGCUACUACUACUGCCUCACGCCGGAGCGAUGGGACGCGAUCGUCGCCUUCGCCGACACCACGGGCCUGCGCCUCAUGCUCGACCUGAACAUCAUCGGCCCCGGCAACUCGACGGACUUCGACGGCGCCGGGCUCGACCAGAUCCGCGCGCUGCUCCGCCACUCCGCCGCGGUCGGCAACGAGAACCAGGCCACGCUCAACGCCACCGAGGCCGCGCGCCGCGUCCGGGCCGUGCGCGCCGCGGUCGACGCCGCCUACGGCGCCUUCGAGAAGCCGCUGGUCGUGGGUCCGUCGCCGCACAUCUUCCCCGACUGGAUCGAGGACUUCGUCGCGGCCGCGGGCGACGCCGUCGACAUCUUUUCCUACCAUUUGUACGCGGGCUACGGCCUCGCGCCGUCCAUCGCGGCCCAGGUGAAGAGCGCGGGGUUCCUCGACGACAGCCGGAGCCUCGUGGAGCUCGCGGCCGCCGCCGCGCGGAAACGGGCGCCGGCGCUGCCCGUGCUCGUCAGCGAGACGGCGGCGGCCUGGAACUCGGGGGCGCCGGGCGUGACGGACUCCUUCGAGAGCGGCUUCUGGUAUCUGGACCACCUCAUGUCCGCGGCGUCUUCGGGCCACGUCGCGACCUGCCGCCAGACCUUGAUCGGCGGCAACUACUCGCUGAUCGACUCGCGGACCUUCCUCCCGAACCCCGACUUCUUCGUCGCCCGGCUCUGGGGAGAAGUCGUGGAGAGCGGCGACGGGGCGACGCGGUACCUGCGGACGGGCCGCGGCGCCGUCAUCUCCGUCGACGCGCGGCGGUCGCUCCGGGCCCAGGCCGCGUGCGGCGCCGACGGGUCCCUCGCGCUCGCGCUCGCGAACGUUUCGCCCGACGCGGUCUCCGUGGGGCUCGGCGGCGACGAGGGCGCGCGCGAGGAGUGGGUCCUCGAUGCCCACGCGGGCGACGGCCGCCGCGUCGACCUCAACGGCGCGGUGCUGGAGGGGGUGGACGCGCCGCUCGCGCCGCGCGUCGUCGACGGCGGCGGCGCCUUCGAGGCGCCGCCCUGGUCCCUCGCCUUCGUCCGCUACCCGAACCUGCGCCCGCCGGCGUGCGCUUAG